CGACGGCAGUUCGUUAUCCAACACACUUCCUAAAAUUUCAAGAGUGCCACACGAGCAACAAGAGCAGGAAACGAUAGUGGCGCAUCCUGGCAAAGACGGGAAGACGAGCUUACGAUGACAUCCAAUAUUUUGAACGCCAAUGUUGGAAUACAAAAGAAAAAUCCUCUGGCUACGUCGGAAAUAGUCAAGAAACAUAUUACGUACAAAGGAAAUAAUUUUUACGUAACGAUUAAAGAAUGGAUAAAUUAUCUACCAAAUGUGAAGUGGCGCAAUGUUGCAACAAUAAGUUUUGUACACUUAUGUGCAUUGUACAGUCUCGUCACUAUCGACUUUACAAUGGAUAUCAGGACAGUAUUUUGGUAUAUCUUGAUUUGCGUAAUUCAAGCGAUGGGCUUUACCGCUGGUGCUCAUCGUUACUGGACACAUCGAACUUUCAAAGCAAAAUUGCCACUUAGAAUCAUACUUGUCUUUUGCUACCUUACAGCUGGCCAGAUCCCUAUCCGCAGUUGGGUCCGAGAUCAUCGGACACACCACAAAUUCACGGAAACAAAUGCAGAUCCACACAACAGCAAUCGGGGAUUCUUCUUCUCUCAUGUCGGGUGGUUGAUGGUAAAAAAGCAUCCAGAGGUUAUCAAAAAAGGUCAACAAAUCGAUAUAAGCGAUAUUAAGGCGGAUUCUCUCAUUAUGUUCGCUGAUAAGCAUUUUUGGAUACUGAGUUUGAUUUUCGCCCAGGUGAUACCGGUUAUAGUGCCCGUUUACGGGUGGAACGAAACAUGGAUAAUGUCCAUGAAAUUGCAUUUCUUUCGUUAUAUGUUCGGGUGGCAUAGUGUAUGGAGUGUCAAUAGUUUCGCUCACAUGUGGGGCAGCAGACCGUACGACGUGCACAUUAAACCAACGAAUAACGUGAUGGUCUCAUUUGCAUCUUUCGGCGAGGGUUCACAUAAUUAUCAUCACGUGUUCCCAUGGGACUAUAAAGCAUCUGAGUUCGGUAAACACAGACAGAACUUUACGGCUAUGUUCAUCGAUUUUUUUGCAAAAGUCGGCUGGGCAUAUGAUCUACAAAAACCGUCUCCGGAGCUCGUGAAGUCUGUGAUAAUAAAGAAUAGAAAGGGCGAGCGAUAUUGUGAGUGGGAUGCUGUACCGCCUCCGAAUGGUGAAAUAUAUUUAUAAUCUAAAUCAUCGCUUAUGAAUUGGACUUAUGAAUUGGACAGGACUCCUGUAUGUUGAAAUCGCUUUGUCUACGGUCCACGACUAGCGUUAUAUUUAUUUUAACACAUUGAACGAACUGUUUUUUGUUGAAUAGUAGCAAGUAAUUUGUUGAAUAUGCGAAAGAAAUUAUAUUCCUCCGAUUUUUAUAUUCU